AUGGGACGAAUGCAAGGAGAUGAAGGUCCAACAGACUUCCCGGGUUUUAAACCACCAGGCUACACCAUUGUUACUGUGGAAGAUUUCGAGAAAUUUUUUCAAGAAAGUCCUCCAAAGAUUGAAAGUUUAUCUGAACAAGUAAAAGAACCAUUAUCUUUAGAUCUAUCUAAAGUAGGCGCUUUAUUAAAUAUAGAUUUGGAGAAAUGUAAAACAGAUGCAGGCUUCUAG